GUGGGGCGCGGACGCCGGCCCGGAAGGACGCGGCGGUUGUCUGGGCGCGCAGGGUGUGCGCGGCGGGGCCGGCUCGGGCUGCUUUGCUAGAAAACGCCGCUCCACGCGCGGCCAUGGCCUCCCUGUGGCGAGAAAUCCUCCUGGAGACCCUCCUGGGAUAUGUUUCUUGGUCUCUCUGCCAUGGCCUGGGACCGAUGAUCUAUUACUUUCCUCUGCAAACCCUUGAACUCACUGGGCUUGAAGGUUUUGGCAUAGCGUUGCUUUCUCCAAUAUUCCUAACAAUUAGUCCUUUCUGGAAAUUGGUUAAGAAGAAGUGGAUGCUAACCCUGCUGCGGAUAAUUACUAUUGGCAGCAUAGCCUCCUUCCAGGCUCCGAAUGCCAAACUUCGGCUAGUGGUCCUUGCGCUUGGCGUGUCUUCCUCUCUGAUAGUGCAAGCUGUGACGUGGUGGACAGGAAGCGGUUUGCAAAGGUACUUCAGAAUCUGGGGAUUCAUCUUAGGACAGAUUCUUCUUCUUGUUCUCCGCAUUUGGUACACUUCACUAAACCCAAUCUGGAGUUAUCAGAUGCCCAACAGAGUGAUACUGACGUUAAGUACCAUAGCCACACUUGAUCGCAUUUACAUGGAUGGUGACUGCAGUAAACCUGAGGGGAAAAAGACUGGUGAGGCAGCCAAGGGGAUGGCCUCUAGAUCUAACUGGUUGUUGGCAGGGGCUGCCUUUGGCAGUCUCGUGUUCCUCACCCACUGGGUUUUUGGAGAGGUCUCUCUCGUUUCCAGAUGGGCAGUGAGUGGGCAUCCCCAUCCGGGGCCAGAUCCUAACCCAUUUGGAGGCGCAGUUCUGCUGUGCUUGGCGAGUGGAUUGAUGCUUUCGGCUUGUUCCUGGUUUCCUGGUACCAGUUUAAUCUGGUGGGUUACAGGAGUGGCUUCCGCUGCGGGUCUCCUUUGCCUGCCCACGUGGGCAGCCGCUGUUUCUGGCUGUGUGCUUGCCCUCUUCACAGCGUCCAUGUGGCGUCCAGUGCUUGGACACCUUAUUAGCUCAGGGUCAAGCCCUGGGAAAACCAUGACCGUUGCCAUGAUAUUUUAUCUUCUGGAAAUAUUUUUCUGUGCAUGGUGCACAGCUUUUAAAUUUGUCCCAGGAGGGGUCUACGCUAGAGAAAGAUCUGAUGUGCUUUUGGGGAUAGUGAUGGUAAUUAUUGGGCUGAAUAUGCUAUUUGGUCCUAAGAAAAGCCUUGACUUUCUUCUUCAAACAAAAAACAGUCCUAAAGUGCUUUUCAGAAAGAGUGAACAAUACAUGAAACUUUUUUUGUGGCUGCUUGUUGGUAUAGGGUUGUUGGGAUUAGGACUACGGCAUAAAACCUAUGGGAGGAAAUUGGGCAAAGGGGCACCAACCACAGAGGUAUCUGCCGCCAUCUGGCCUUUCAGGUUCGGCUAUGACAAUGAAGGAUGGUCUAAUCUAGAAAGAUCAGCGCAAUUGCUCAAUCAAACAGGUGCAGAUUUCAUAACAAUUUUGGAGAGCGAUGCUUCUAAGCCCUAUAUUGGGAACAAUGACUUAACCAUGUGGUUAGGGGAGAAGUUGGGUUUCUAUACUGACUUUGGUCCAAGUGCAAGGGAUCACACUUGGGGCAUUAUGGUUUUGUCAAGAUACCCAAUUGUGAAAUCAGAGCAUCACCUUCUUCCGUCACCAGAGGGCGAGAUCGCACCAGCCAUAACACUGACUGUUAACAUCUCCAACAAACUGGUGGAUUUUGUUGUGACACACUUUGGGAAUCACGAAGAUGACCUCGACAGGAAACUUCAGGCUAUUGCAGUUUCAAAACUACUGAAGAAUAGCUCUAAUCAAGUGAUAUUUCUGGGAUACAUCACAUCAGCACCUGGUUCCAGAGAUUAUCUACAGCUCAUUGAACAUGGUAAUGUGAAGGAUAUCGACAGCACAGAUCAAGACAGAUGGUGUGAAUACAUUAUGUAUCGAGGGCUGGUCAGAUUGGGUUAUGCAAGAAUCUCCCAUGCUGAACUGAGUGACUCUGAAAUUCAGAUGGCUAAAUUUAGGAUCCCAGAUGACCCCAUUAAUUAUAGAGACAACCAGAAAGUGGUCACAGACCGCAGGGAAGUUCCCAAGAAAAUUCAUUUCAAUCCCAGAUUUGGAUCCUACAAAGAUGGACAUAAUUAUGAAAACAACCAUCAUUUUCAUAUGAGUACUCCCAAAUACUUUUUAUGAGCUAUUUAAAACAAGAAUUCGUUGACUGGGCAAGUCUAAGGAAAACAAAAGUAUGUAAGAUAAAAAGAAGAGAUGAAUCAAAGUGGGAAACCACAUACAAAGAAUGAAAAUGUAUGCUAUCUAUGCAGUGGGAAAUUCUAUCAAUUUAUAAAAUAUAUUGCUUAAUAAAAGCAUUUCUC